ACGUUCCGAAUUUUACCUCCAUAUAAAUUAAAUGGGUCACAAUGUUAACAUUGAAUUUUUUCGAAUAAAUAAUGUUAUGGAAUCAAUGGAAAAGGGCACGACAGCCAAGUGGCCGUAAGUGCUGUCCAACAUGAGCGAUCAAACUAGAGUUCUACUUUGGGCCAUACCACGAACCUGCUCCUCAAUACUUCUCAAGAGCUUGAGCAACAUUCCCGAUUCUCAGAUGAUCUUUGAACUCUAUAGUUCUGCAAACUUUUAUGGCCCAGAUCGUAGAGAACAGACCACGCACCCAGACAGAAUCACACAUCCUGAACCCACAUAUGAAGGCAUUGAGCUGGAUGGCAAUGGGUUAUUGAAAGGACCAGGGUCAGGGUUCAAGAGUUCAAUAUGCUCCUUUGAGUGGGUCAAGCAACAACUUGAGGCGGAUUACCAGAGUAAAAAGGUCAUCAUUGCUAAGGAACUGGCUCAUUUUUUUAAUCGGAGGUACAAACUCAUUCCGACGGGCUAUCAACACGUGUUCUUGAUCAGAAAUCCUUAUAAGGUUUUCCCAUCCUGGAAGAAGUUGCUAAUAGAGUUUUCGGAACUAAGCGGCAGAAAGUUUGAACUUGGGGAUCCUGUACUUGAUCAAUUCCCAGAAGUCACAAAACCUGGAGUGGCUUACAAGGAAAUCACCAAUCUGUGGCUUCACAUCAAGGAAAACAACUUGGAUACAGAUCCCAUCAUCAUAGACUCUGAUGAUCUGCUUCAAAAUCCCAAAGAGAUACUGUCAGCUGUUUUUUCAAGGGUAGGAAUACCUUACAGCGACUCUCUUCUCUCCUGGGAAGCUGGAGUAAGUGUCGUAGAUCAAUGGAUGGUAAGCGGCACACAUAAGAAAAAGAUUGAACACACAGAAACCUUCAAGAAUUUCAGAAACACCACAGGUUUCAAAAAGCCAGUUCAUGAAAGUGAACUUCCUGAUUUGGCAACCUUUCCUCCUGAUGUACAGCGCUGUAUUGAAAACAGUAUGCCUUACUACUUGAAACUGUUUGAUCAGCGGCUCAAGUGUUAAGCCAUACAAAGCAUCAUCACUUCAAGAGACAGCUUCACUUAAAGACACUGGACACUAUCGGUAAUUGGUUAAAGACCAGUCUUCUAACUGUAACAAACCUGUG